UUUCACAGAAUAGCGCCUUUGAACUGUUUCGUAUCACUUUCAUAACCAAGGAGGGAGUUCGAUUGCAAUGCUCAAAAUCUUGCAAAUAUCCUCGCGCAGGAACAUAAAUCUACGCCUCCGACAUGAGCGACUGCACAAGUACCCCACAUUCCACCGUGGAGUGGCUCAGUUAGCACCCGGCUAUCAGCCGAGGGAUGUGGAAAAAGACAAACUGGACAAGAAAUACACCUCCGAUGAUAUGAAGGGAAAAUGUAAGCCUGGAACAUUUCGUAUGUUGCUGCCACCACCAAAUGUAACCGGCAGCCUGCAUUUGGGUCAUGCCCUAAUGGCCACCAUACAAGAUGUUAUUGCCCGACAAAAACGACAAAUGGGCUAUGAUGUUCUUUGGAUACCGGGCACCGAUCAUGCCGGUAUUGCCACCCAGGUGGUGGUGGAAAAGAAAUUGCUCAAAGAGAAGGGUAUAUCACGACAUCAAAUGGGUAGGGAGGCAUUUUUGCAAGAGGUGUGGAAAUGGAAACAGGAAAAAGGUGGCGGCAUUGUGGAGGAUUUGAGAAAGCUGGGUUGUACUUUGACAUGGGAUAGGGAGUAUUUUACAAUGGAUGAGCGCCAAGCCUAUGCCGUCAAUGAAGCCUUUAUCCGCCUCUUCGAGGAGGGUCUUAUUCAACGUAAAGAGUCUCUGGUCAACUGGUCUUGUGCCCUGGAAUCAGCCAUUUCCGACAUAGAAGUCGAAACCUUGGAUCUAAAAGGUCCAACAGAGUUGGCUGUGCCGGGUUAUGAUAAAAAUAUCACCUUUGGACGCAUCUACGAUAUCCAAUACAAAGUAAUGAAUGGUUCCAGUGAUGAGUACAUCAAAGUUUCCACCACCCGACCGGAAACUCUGCUCGGAGAUGUUGCAGUGGCUGUAAAUCCACUCGAUGAGCGUUACAGCAAAUAUCGUGAUCAACCUGAGGUGCAACUUUGGCAUCCUUUCCGUGAGGAACCCAUACCAUUGGUAUUCGAUGUAACUGUGGAACCUGAAUUUGGUACAGGGGCAGUGAAAAUAACCCCAGCCCAUGAUCGGGCCGACUUUGAUGUGGCCCAAAGGCAUUUGUUACGGCCCAUACAAGUAUUUUCCGAAAAGGGUGCGAUAAGGGAAAACUUCGAGGCAUUUUCCAAUAUGCCCAGAUUUGAGGCAAGGGACAGAAUUCUUCAAAAAUUGGCAGAAAUGCAGCUUUUGGGAGAUGUAAGAGAUCAUGCUAUGCAAUUGCCCAUAUGUUCCAGAUCUAAGGAUGUAAUUGAAUAUAUGUUAAGGGAACAAUGGUUCCUCCACUGCCAGUCAAUGGCCGAUGAGGCCUUGGCGGAAGUUUUAAGUGGCCGUCUACAAAUUGUGCCGCCGAAUUUUGAAAUUGAAUGGCAACGAUGGUUGGAAAAUUGCCAUGAUUGGUGCAUAUCAAGACAGCUGUGGUGGGGUCAUCAGAUUCCAGCGUACAAAGCCACAGAUACGAAUAGUGGAAAAUCCAUAUGGGUGGCAGCCCACAAUGAAAUGGAAGCCAAAAUCAAGGCCCAAGAUGAAUUGCAAGCAGUCGAUGUUGAACUGAAACGUGACAGCGAUGUUUUAGAUACAUGGUUUUCUUCGGGUCUGUUGCCAUUUUCGGCCUCCAAUUGGCCAGAAGAGGAAUAUAAGCAGCACUAUCCUCUGGAUUUAAUGGAAACUGGUCAUGAUAUUCUAUUCUUUUGGGUGGCACGUAUGGUUAUGUUGGGUGUAAAGUUGACCGGCCAGUCGCCGUUUAAGAAAAUCCUUCUCAAUGGUAUUGUCUGUGAUGCCCAUGGCCGGAAAAUGUCCAAAAGUUUGGGUAAUGUGGUUACGCCUCAGCAAGUGGUACAGGGGGCGUCAUUGGAGUCUCUUAAAGAGGAAUUAAAAUCUGCCCAUAAAUCUGGAGUCCUCAGUAAUAGUGAGGUUGAAAAGUCCUUGAAGGGCCUACAGCGUAUGUUCCCCCAAGGCAUACAGGAGUGUGGCACAGAUGCUCUACGUUUCACCCUGUGUAGCCAUAAUAUCAAAAGUCAUUUCAUUAAUUUCGAUGUUAAUGAAUGCCACACCAAUAAAUUGUUCCUUAACAAAAUAUGGCAGGCCACGAGAUUUACCUUGGGCUCAGCAGAACGUCUUAAUAUGCCGUUGCAUGAAAUUGAGACUAUGAAUCAAGUACCUUUGGGAAAAUGGGAUUUGUGGAUUCUAAGUCGAUUGGCCGACACCUUGAAGACCUGUAAUGAAAGUUUUGAGAACUAUAAUCUACACACCGCUACGGGGGCCUUGAAAGGUUUCCUCUACAAUAACCUGUGUGAUGUUUAUGUGGAAACUUGCAAGCGAAACAUAAAUUCACAAAAAUCCGAAGGCUACAUACAUUGUGCCACUCUGGCUACAGUGCUAAGUUGGUCAUUGCAGGCAAUGAGUCCUUUUACACCAUUUUUGGCGGAGGAACUUUUGAAGCAUUUGCCCAAAAAUAUUGAAAUCGACUUGAAUAAGUUCCACAAUCCAGAAUUGGAAAAGGAGAUUGCGGAUAUUUUAGAUAUAUGUCAGCAAAUACGUCAAGUGAAGAGUCGCAAUACAAUUAGUAAAAAAUAUGAUCCCCAACUGUAUUUAUAUGGCCACAGUGAGGAGGCUUUGGAAGUGUUACAACCUCAUCUACAAGAAAUUCAAGCUUUGACAUUGACCAAUGGAGUUCAUUUGCAUGGAAUUAAUGAUAAGGCAAAAGAAGAACAUAAUUUGAGAGUAUUUUCUACUGCCGGACAUCUUUGUAGUUUUGGCAUUACUACAAACGAUUUGUAUAAACCACCCAAGGGAGAAAAGGCGUCUUCUGUACAAAAUUUAAAUGAACAAAAAUUACAAAAGCUUCAAGCCGAUUUGAAACGAUAUCAAAUGCGCAUGGAAAAUGAAGGUUUUCGCAAAUCGGCCAGCCAAGAGGUACAACAAAAACAUGCCGAAAAGAUUCAUCAACUGGAAAUAGAAAUAGAGAAAAUUAAAUCAAUGGCCAGCUGAUAAAGAAGGGCUGUUUAGAAUAGGAUAAUUGACUUUAAAUCGUUUGUAAGAUCUGUUAAUAAAUGAGUCACGUUGUUGUUUUUAAGAGA